AUGAGGGUCUUUAUCGCCCUGCUGUCUGUGGCUUCAGCCAACUAUGCUCUUGCACAAAACUACUCCAAUGCCUCGACUAGUGCUGUACCAAGCUCUACGACCAUCAAUGGUACCGCUGUAGCCAACCCCGGUGCUUUCGUGACCAACUUGCAAUUGUCUGUCGAAGCUGAUAUGUCUUANGAUCUCUGGGACUUCUUUGUCGGACCGGUCGACGUUGCUAACACUACGACCACUGUUGAAGCCACUCCGGUUCCUUCAAGCUCUCUGAUCCCUCCACCGUAUAUAGGGAACUACGCAUUCCCACCGGGUCGUCAAGUCCCUUUGGUCACAAAGAACGAGUCAUGGAGCUUCCCCAAGGACUUCUAUCUUGGUGUUGCAGGUGCUGCUUUCCAGAUCGAAGGUGCUGCGAAGGCUGAUGGUAAGGGACCAUCAACUUGGGAUGUAAACAUGCACCGUGUACCGAAUUUCGUCAGUGACAACAGCACUGGGGACAUCACGGACAACAACUAUUACAUGUACAAGCAGGCUCACUACAACGAUGUUAUCGAUACGUGUAUUCAGUUUAAUAUCACACCCAUGGCCACACUGUACCACUGGGACAUGCCUGCUCUGUUGCAGAACAAGUAUGGUGGUUGGCUAGGUGAAGAGGUCGUCGAAGACUUUACCGAAUAUGCUCGAGUAGCAUACAGCCGUUUCGGCGACAGAGUCAAGCAUUGGUAUACGAUCAACGAACCCAUAGUGAUUUGCACACAACAGUAUCCGAUGCCUGACGGCUACUGGCGGAACUUCUCUAUUCCAAAGACGCACCAGCAGUUUGCAACANNGUGGUUCGCCGAUCCAGUCUAUCUUACCGGAGAUUGGCCCUCGAGUGUCAACGACUACGUCUCAUCUUUCCUUCCUCCUUUCACAUCUCAACANAAGGACUUGAUCCGCGGAUCCGCAGACUUCUUCGCUCAUGAUGCCUACACAGCGCAAUUCUACAUGGCUCCGGGUGAAGGCAUCGAGUCUUGCAUUUCCAAUGCCAGCAACCCUCUAUAUCCUUCCUGUGCUAACAGUACCUACACCUAUGGACCAGCCCAAGGCAGUUGGGUCAUUGGUCCAGCAGCUGAUCCCCACUCUCCCUGGCUGCACCGCGCAACCGACUGGUUCCCAGCCUUCAUGUCCUACAUCAACACCACAUGGCCAUCCCCCGCAAUCCAAGUCACCGAGUUCGGCUUUGCAGAACCUUUUGAAGCCUCCAAAACACUACUUCAAGACAUUCUCUGGGAUCCUAUCCGCACCUCGUAUUUCCACGAUUACAUGGAAGCUAUACUGAUCUCUUUGAGUGAGGGUAUCAACAUUACUGCAGCACUCGCUUGGAGCUUUGUCGAUAAUUUGGAAUGGAACCAGGGUAAGAGUGUCAGGUUUGGCAUGCAAUAUGUCAACUUCUCAGAUCCUUUACUCGAGAGGCAUUAUAAGGCUAGUUUCUUUGAGUACACGAACAUGUACAAGACAUACGUGGAAAAGUAG